AUGAAAGACUCAACGAUAUUCGUCCUUCACAUCACGAAGACAACGCCAGACAACGCCAUGUUGACCAGUCCGCUAGGACGCGAGCAUUUGAACAGGGGCCAAGGCGGUGUGACCAAGGGCGGUGUAGCCCUAGCCGAGUAUCGGUUGCCCCCAAGCUCAUCCCGCAAUUUGGCGGUGCCUGGAUCGAUAGCGACCUUCCCUCCCCUCAAUCGAGGAUCGCAUCACAAUGCUUGCCAAGUCGAAGCCAUCCUCGAUUUCCUCUUGAUACCAUAUUCGAGCACAAGCACCAUCACGAGAUCCUCCAGACCUUCGCUUCAUAUUCUGUGCGAUUCAUCAACUAUUCACGACGCUUACGGAGCUCUACAUCUAUCCGCGGACCCGUCCACCUGUUUGAGCACGGAAUUACGACUUCAAAUACCUUUUAGAUAUCAUUAUACCUGCAACCCGCCACAAUGCCUGGUCUUCCAAGUAUCCAACAUCGACCUCGACGAAUGCAUCUCCCGUCUCUAUCGAAAGGAGCUCCUCGCGGACUCGGUGGUGGAAGCCAUCUGCUCCAAGGCAAAGGAGUUGUUGAUGAAGGAAAGCAAUGUGGUCCAUAUCGCUGCCCCGGUGACUGUGGUUGGCGAUAUCCACGGUCAAUUUUUCGAUAUGAUUGAGAUCUUCAAAAUUGGCGGCCCUUGCCCCGAUACGAAUUACUUGUUCUUAGGCGACUAUGUCGACCGCGGUCUCUUCAGCGUGGAGACCAUCUCCUUGCUUGUUUGUUUAAAACUCAGAUACCCCUCGCGGGUACACCUCAUUCGUGGAAAUCAUGAAUCCCGCGGAGUCACACAAUCCUACGGCUUCUACACCGAGUGCGCGCGAAAAUACGGUGACGCGAACGUCUGGCAUUAUUUUACCGAUAUGUUCGAUUUCUUGACGCUGAGUGUUGUGAUCAACAAUGAGAUUUUCUGUGUGCACGGCGGACUUUCACCUUCCAUCCACUCCAUCGAUCAAAUCAAGAUCAUCGACCGUUUCCGCGAAAUUCCCCACGAAGGCCCGAUGGCUGAUUUGGUCUGGUCUGACCCUGAUACGGAGCGGGAUGAGUUCUCUCUUUCUCCCCGUGGAGCUGGCUACACAUUUGGAGCGCAGGUUGUGCGAAAGUUCUUAGAGGUGAACAGCAUGUCUCACAUUCUGCGGGCUCACCAGCUCUGCCAAGAGGGAUACCAGGUCCUCUAUGAUGACCGGCUCAGUACCGUCUGGAGUGCUCCGAACUAUUGCUACCGAUGUGGAAACUUGGCCAGUGUACUCGAAGUGAGUGACACGGGAGAGCGCUACUUCAACAUCUUUGAUGCGGCGCCUGAAAACGAUGCCCACCGGAUGGAGCAGCUCGGCAAACACCAACAGAACCAGGAUGGCGGCCCCAGCCCGGUGAUUGAUUACUUCUUGUGA